GGAGAUCAUCUCAGAGCCAAUGCUCCUGAUGCCCAAAACAUCUGAGCCUGGGUCCCCUGCCCCAGCUCGCUGUACCUCCAAAAGCAGGUUGGCCGGGGGGUGUUUCCUGCUUUCUUAGCCUUCUGGCUCACUUUGCUCAGAAGCCAUGCAGAGAUGUUUGGGGAGAUCUCCUUUUUUCACUUUUAGCCAUACUUGCAGAAGUAAGACCCCAAAAUAAGAAGCUGCCUCAACACCGGUUUCAACAGCCCCCUCACCCUUCAUUCCCCCUCCCCUCAUGUGUCAGGUAUCUGCACUUCUCAAGUGCUUUCAGAUCCAUAUUUACACUUUGACUUCCUCAAACUGCUGGUAAAUUAAGGUGUUAUUUUUUUUCUCCAAUAAAUAUUCCAAAAACUGAAACUCAAAGUGGUAAGUGGUAAACAAGCCUCUCAGAGGAACAAUCCCACUUCUUUGUGACCUUAAGAAAGUCACUCAGUCUCAGUAUUCUAAUCUUAUAGAGUUUAACUUUUCUCUCAUGGAGUUGUUCUGAAGAUCAAGAAAGAUAAUGCCAGCCAGGCAUUUGACACAGGCCCUUAAUCCCAACAGCUGGGGAGGCUGAGGCAGGAGGAUUGCAAGUUCAAAACCAGACUCAGUAAAACUUAGUGAGGUCCUAAGCAACUUAGAAAGACCCUGUCUCAAAAUAAAAAAAUAAAAAGGACUGGAGAUAUGCUCAGUGGUUAAGCACCCUUGGGUUUAAUCCCUGACACCAAAAAUAAAGAAGAAAGAAAGAAAAACAAUGCUGUUAAAGUUACUAACAAUUUACAGAGUGGCACCUAGUGUUCAUUGCUGGGUCUGUGAUUAUUGGGGGAACCAGAAUGGAAUCCAGGGCUCCUGACUGCCAGUAAGACUAGAACCCUUUUUAACACUUCUGCACAUGGGGCGGGGGGAGUUAGGCCAUUCCUAUGCCACUUUCUGGUAAAACCCCGUGACUCCAUCAUCUAUAACAUCAUCAUGCCAUGACUCUCUGAGGAGGACCCCAUGACUUCAUCACAUGUCUCUGGGAAGGACCCCAGGACUCCAUCCGGAACCUAGUGCUAAUAGACCGGCCAUGGGCUAAUACACAUCAAAAGGCUUUCUCCAGUUACCACCCAAGGAUAUAUUUGUUUCUGGAGAAUUUUAAAAAUGAAGUAACAUAAGUGGUGAAUUUUCGGGGCAUGGGUGUAAAAAUAAGUGUUAGAGACUUCCUUGUGGGAGAACUUCUUACUGGGCUUUAUGGGUUUUGAAUAAGUUUUAUUUUAGAUGGACAGAGAUUCCUCUCUGGGCCUGAAGUAGGAAGUGAACUGACGGUCAGGAGAGGGAGGAGGCCUGGCUGACCAUCUGCUGGUGGCAGUGGGUAGCAGUCUUGGGUUUCGUAUCUUUUCACAGAAUUAUAGAUAGCAUCAUCCUAACCUUAGAGCAAAAGCCCUGGGUUUUCCUGAGGUAUGACAACCCUCAGUCACGCGGCACCCACUGUGCCAGAGAAGAGCUAUCAUUAUAGCCGAGUGCCCUCAGACUUACCAAACCAUUUAGCUGCUAUGAAAAUGAGAAAGGGAUAGAAUAGAUGCAGAGGAGGCAAGUUCCGGCAUUCCCUGCUCUGACUUUGGAAAAGCAACCCUCUGGAGACGAUAGACAAGCCUCACAGUGGUCCAGUCCUCCUGGACCUUUAGCCUCUGGAGCCCUGAAGGAGAAGUUUGGUGUCCUUGGUGGAUCUGUGACCUUUUCUGUGGAAACUUCAAUACAGAAUAUUGACAGUAUUGUCUGGAUCUUCAAUUCAACCACUCUUGCCAUCAUAAAGCCAGGUGUGGCAGACAAAAAAGCCACUAUCCUUAUGACCCGAAGUCAUAACGAGGAAAGGAUGAUCUUCUCAGGCAGUAACUAUUCUCUGACACUCCUCCAACUGAAGAAGAAUGACUCAGGGAUCUACCGUGUGGAGAUGAACUUCUUAUCCUCUCAGUCAUCCUUCACCCAGGAAUAUGGGCUACAAGUCUACGAGUGCCUGUCAAAGCCUAAAGUCACCAUGGGUCUGCAGAACAAUAAGAAUGGCACCUGCGUAACUAAUCUGACAUGUUCCAUGGAACAGGGAGGAGAGAAUGUGACAUACAGCUGGAAUGUCCUGGGGCAGAGAAGCAACAAAUCUUAUGAUGGCUCUAUCCUUCCCAUAUCCUGGAGUCUGGGAGAAAGGGACACGGUCUUCAUCUGCACGGCCAGGAACCCCAUCAGCAGUAAUUCCUCAAGUCCCAUCCUUGCCUGGAAGCUCUGUAGAGAUGCUGAUGGCGAUGGUUCCAAUUUCCUCCUCACCUUCCUGUGUCUUCUGUUGGUGGUCUUCACACUCUGCACCCUUGUGCUGAUGUUUCAUUUGACUAUGCGGAUAAAGAGAAGAAAAGAGCCCAUUGAGGGUGAAAAAAGAAUGGACAUUCAUCAGGAAAUUCCUAAUGUCUGCCCCCACUCCGGAGAGAAAACAGUGUAUGAAACGAUUUGCUAUGCUCAUAAAAUUAAUCCAGCAGAAGAUCCACUAAAUACACUUUAUUCCACUGUGCAGAUACCAAAAAUGGUGGAGAAUCCCUGCUCACCGACCACCACGCCAGACACACCCAGGCUGUUCACCUAUGAGGAUGUCAUUUAGACAUCAGCAUGCUGCCCUCAAACCUCACUCCAGAGGAAGUACAAAGAAAUGCAUCCACUUGUCCAGAAUACCUGGAAGAAACCAUUCCUAAGCAUACACCUUUGAGUUUAGGAGUUCAUAAUUCUACCAACUCCUGAGAACUCUCUUUAAACCCAGAAUCUAUAUCACUUCCCAUAUGGAAUGUGACUGUGAAUUUAUCAGUCAAUCUCUAGAAAAGGCUGAAUAUCUCUACUAACAUGUAAAUGCAUAUUAAUAUCUGCCUCGGUCAUAUUAAUGAUGGCCCCAGGACAGGGCUUGGAGUCUCAUUCCAGUCCAGGGUUAGGAGGACAGAAUAUACCAAGAAUCUGGUUUCCAGGAGGGCAAGAAGGCCAGGCCAGACAGGUGUGUCUGGCACCAGCAGGUGUAACUGCCAAAAAUGAAUGAAUGAAUCAUUCACUAUGUACGGGGCACUGUUGAACUUAAUUGGGCAGAUGUGCUCUCUGCUCUCAUGAACCUGAGCACUCAUGAACUACUUUUAUGGCCAGUUAUGGGAGGCUUAACACAAAUUCUUGUGUAUCAAGUUCUGAAUACACAAAACUUGAAGGUCAAAGCUCACAAGGACACAGAAUUGUGCAUGGGCAAGAACAAGAACACCCCUCUACUCUCAGAACUCCUACCACCACCCCACCAUGGCCUGGCUUAAUUUGUACUCCUACGCUGCAAAUAAAAGCCUAGGCCUUGUUAAGGUCUAUACAGGAGCCUAUCUCGGUGCAAAAACUCUACAGGCACAUUUUGGGUCUAGUAUGACACCUAGAGUUGGGAUGUGGGGCCUGGUGUAUGAAUUACUUGUAAACUUUCAAAGUGUGUUUCAAUAUUUAUUAAUAAGCUUUGCUAGGUCACUUUCACAAAUAAGUCAGACAUGAUCUCCUACCCCUAUAGAACUCACCUUCUUUUUAGUGAAAUGGUAAAGACUUGGGGAGGGUGAAAAGUAGGACUGCACUUGAUGUGUUCCUGAUACAUGUUUUGAAUGGAGACACUAGGAAGGGAACUGGGGCCCAGGGCUGGGAUAUGAAAUAAGGUGGACAAAUUGUGUAUUUAAAUUUGUGAAAAGAGUAAACAUCUGGGAGGGAAAACGUUUGAAUAUAAGAUGGCCAAGUUAAGAGAAAAUAAACUUGCAAGAAAAAAAAAUAAAGAGAAUGAACUCAGGCUGAUGUGAGAGGAAAUCAAAGUUAAAAAUAGGAGUAGGUGUGGAAACUAACCCAUCACCACCAUGAGGGACUCAGCUAGGCCCACCCAGAGCUGGGCAGGUGUGGAUUGCCCAAACCAUAGCAUGAUAAAUGCUGUAUUUAUUGCUACAAUUUUCUGGGGGAAUGGUGGGGAGUGUCCCUUUUAAUAAAAUCAUGCUUUGAGGAA